CGAUGACAUUAGCUUUCGCUUCAAGCCCAGAGCUCGUCGCCAUGGAAAAUCCAGGUGGAUAUCGAGGUUAAAAGUACCGUCAUGCCGUACCUACGUUAGUAUCAAGCUUCUUCUGUUCAUCCACAGUAUGUGGAAGCAGUGACUACCAUUGUUCUUCCAACUUUUCCUCCUUGCGUAACGUCUCCUCAUGAAACUCCUAGGAUACCAUGAAUGACGAAGCACUCAAAGUAUGAGGCCUGAGGUCUUGAUGAAAUUUCCUGUAUCACGCAUUGCAGCCAAAUGAUACAUCAGGGUACCUCCGCACCGUAUAAAGCUCUACUUUUUGAUACCCAGAGCGUUUCUAAAAGACCAUUGCUAGUCCCAUCCCUUGCGGCAAGCACAAACUCUCGUCGAACGCAAAUGUCGGUCUCAGGAUCGCUCUUCUUUCAGUGCUUCUCCUUGAUCAUUAUGUCUCAGAGCUUGUUGAUCCAAUACGCAGUCUUCGUUAUCACCAUGAUCAGCUUUCUUCUCUGCCGGGGUCUGCCAUCCCGGGUCCUCUGCCUCCUCAUCGCAGAACUUGAUAUGGCGCGGGAUGAAUUUGACAGCGAACUCGAGAAAGGACACCUCCUCAAGAGGAUCAAGAAGGCUCACAAAAAGCGCUACCAGAUAUUAGAAAGAGCUGUGGCCGAGCACGCGAAAGCCCUGGAGUCCUGCGAUGACCUUUACAAGGAUACGAAAGCCUUGUUCCGAGGAAGGAGUUUUGCACUUUAUUGGUGUCUGUACAAAGUGAGGUGUUUCAGAGGGCAAACCAUGACGCUGAAGCGGCGACGUGACAUUUAGACUUUCCACAGUGCGUCGUUGCUUUGUUU